GUAGGACAAAUUAUCCUACCGAAUGGUUAGUAAUGUGAUUUAUUUUUUUGUCCCUUCCUCUGUGAUGUAACACCCCCUUCUCCUCACAUAGUCUGAUGAAAGGUUUAUUUAUUUAUUUUUGCCUUACCCAUUUGAAGAGCGACAGGGCUACUUGCAAGUGAGGCAUAAGAGGGUUAUACUUAUAUUUUUUUUUUUUCUUUCGUUUUACUUUUAUGUAGUUCUACGUUUCAGGGGGGGAACUUUCAUUUCUGUCAUUCAGGCAUGUAGGUAUAUGCAGUAGCAUGUCCCCCUCACAAAUGUACAAAGAUGUAUAUUUGUGAAAUUGCGAAAAAGGGGGUUACAACUGAAGCAAGGACAGCACCAUGAUGAGCGUUUGGUCUACAGCCUCACGACUGUCUGGAGUCACUACGCAUACUAAUGUGAACACGUUUGCAUGCACGUCAGAUAAUUUAUGACGCGGGGAUGAAGUAUUAUGCACAUAUGUUUAUAUAUACCUUUUAGCGAGUUCGCUUUGGCGCCUGCCCCGGGGGAAAAAGUGCGAAGCUGGUCAAUGUCCUUUUAAGGAAGGAAUACUUGUCCAAAGGGGCAGAGUAAGAAUUGGGAGGGCCAAGGGAGAUCCUCACCCGUAUGUGGAAGGUGAUCGUUUUUGUUUCACAUCAAAUUGGCAUCCACACGAUGUAUUGGCGGUAAAACAACCUCUAGGCUUCUCCAACCGCUUGGAAAUCCCCCCCUUGCCAAAACGGUAUAUCUCAUCUUUGCACAGAAAAAUGGACCCCUACUUGGGAACGCCCCUCAAAUUCACAGAAGGAAUAAAAAAUGGGGUCAUCGAAAUGGGGAACCCAAACAUGGCAGCCAGCGAAAUAAAAAAGCAUAUAAUGAGGCAUCUCGAAUUAGAUAAAAAAUUUUACCAACUGUUCUUAAGGGUGUUGGAAAUCUCAGAAAAUUUGCGCAACAAUUUGAAGGCCACUUUUAAGGAAGUGAAAAAAGAUGUGACUGAUUAUUUGCUUAAUGACGAGCAAUUUUUAAAAAAAAAAAAAGACGAAAAUUGGCUAAAGGAAAAACUAUGUGCUGUCGAGGAGGUGAUAAGGGAGUUGUCCACGGUGGUGCUGCACGUUGGCCAGAAUUGCAAAAGUUUGAGGGAGUUGUUUUUGUGUCUGUACAUGUACGUAUAUGAGUCCCCCUCUGGUGAGUCUCCCUCUGGUGAGCCUCCCCCUGGUGAAUCUCCCUCUGGUGAGGUGCCCGUGGGGGGGUCGCCCCUCAGUGCCCACGCUGUUAGCUGCUCAAGCGGCAUGACGGAGCCCCCCACAGUUGCAAGCCUACUAUCACAGAACAAAAUAAGUGAACACGAGUUUGAGGUGGCCCGCACAAAGGGCACAUUCGUAUCUGAUUGUUACACCAUCGGGGAGAUUAACAAAAUGGUAAGGAGGUGCCUCAUGCUGUGUUCCCAACCCACGGUGUCUUCUCACCACUUAACAAAACAAAUAAAAAGUUUUUUUUUGUUAACAGCUGUAAUGUUUCACAUGGAGAAGGACAUACAAGUGAGAAUUAAAAUUUGUAAUUUAAUCUCAAGUGAAAUACAUAUGAACAUGUUGAAUAUAAAAAAAUGUACCAUGAUACUUAUGCACAAUCCGUAUUUAAAUAAAAUAAAACGGCUAUCAAAUAUGUUUUAG